AUGGAGUGCGCGACGUUCGAUGCGUCGCGCGAGGGAAACGCGCGAGCGUCGGAGGCGCUGAGACACGGAUUGGAGGCGGCGAAGAGCGCGCGGCGGUUGGACGCGAGCGGGACGACGACGCACCGGUUCGGGGAGACGCGCGCGGGAGGAAACGAUGGCGCGAACGCGGAGAAAAGCGCGCGGGCGCUCGAUUGGUCCGCGGUGGGGGCGAUGGGGUGCGGCGAACGGUGCGCGCUGGCGAUGUGCGCGACGGAUGGGACGUGCGAGGCGUUCGCGCCGCCGGAGACGGAGGCGACGAGCGCGUGGAGGCGAGCGGUUCGUUUGAGCGACGCGUGGGGCGACGCGUGCGCGAGCGAUGGGUACGCGCGAGCGCGCGAUGACGUCGUGGGCGUCGUCGCCGAGGUAGGGCUAGAGGUGAAGCGGGAUGAGGAUUGUUUCGAGCGCGCGGCGGAAGUCGCCGCGAGACGCGCCGCUGAAGACGCGAGCGGCUCGGAUGCGAAGCGAGUGAAGGAAGAAGAUCCGAAACCGAUGGAUUCGACGACGGUCGACGGCGACGAAAUUUACGUAUACGGCGCGCUUCGUCAGGGCGUGGGCGUGGAAGUGUCUUCUAGCGCGGACGUGGCGCCAGAGCUUUGGCGCGUCGGCUCCGUCGUUUCGGCAAACUUCAACGCCGCGCCGCGAGCGCGCGUAGAAUACGACGACGACAAGGUGCGCGGGGAGUUUUUAGUAUGGGCAAAUGAAGACGUCUGGGGGAGUGGUGUCGCAACGAUUCCCGCGCAGGAUCGAUUCGCCGUGCGCAAGGUGCGACCGACGAGGAUGACGUGCGUCGCGCGGCCGGUUCCGCCUCGCGACGAUGUGCGAGCGAGCGAUUUACGCGCCGGCGAAAUCAUCGAGGUCAUGCACGAAAUUCCGUCCACAUGGCGGUUAGCGCAGGUGAUCAAGGUUGGGAAGGACGUCACGGUGAAGUUUAGUCUCGCGAAAAAUUCCGCCGAAGCGCUCGUGCCCGUGAGCGCGUGUCGUCGUCGGCGAACGUGGACCGGCGUUCGCGGCGGAUGGAUCGCCGCGAAGGACGACGUACGCUUACCGCUGCGCGCAUUCGAGUACGAAAAGAAUGACGAGACGGCGAUGGGAGGCGAUGAAGUCGAAAUGGUCGAUACACCGCAGGUUGCCAUAGGCGACGACGCAAAGCAAACGCGCGUGGCGAUGGAUGAGUUUUUUCGUUUGCGAACUUCGGAAAAGACGUAUAACGGAUCCGCGAAAUUUGACGACGAAGACGCUCGCUUGUGCGAACGGAUUUUCGACUCGGUGGGUUUAUCGACACGCGCGCGACGCGACGCAAAGGUGGAAAUACGUAAGCUCUUGACGACGACUCCUGAGGUCGACCCCGGGUUUGAACUGCCGAAAUCAUCGAAGACGCACGUGCACGUGCAGUUGACGUACGACGACGCUCCGAUGCUCAAAGCCGAGCUUUUGCAGUUCAUGUCUUGCGCGUGGAUGGCGAUACCGUGCGCCGAUGGUGCCACGCUAACGUACCAUCACAUGCUCGCGUGCGGUACAAAAAGUGGCCAUGUCGUCAUUUUUCUCGUCGGCGACGACGCGACGGUGCGCAUCGUCGCGACGCGGCGAGUCGCGGCAAAAGCCUGGAUCACGAGUUUGGCGUGCAGUAAAGAUGAUUCAACGAAAGAAAUCACGCUUUUCAUCGGAUGCAGCGACGGCGCGAUCGUACGCGCCACAGGUGACGUCACCGCCGCGCAAAUCGCGCUGGCGCGCACCCCAGUCGUCGACGAAUGCGACUUGUUUGCGACGUUCGCCGUGCUCGAUCCCGCCGACGGCUGUGCGGUGACGUGCAUGUCUGCUUCUGGCGGCUGUCUCAUCGCGGGUAAGACGAAUGGUGACAUCUUCGCGUGCGAUUUCAGGCGACCGAAUAGAGCGCGGAAACGCCGUGUGUCGCUCGAACCAAUCGCCGGCGCGUGCUGGUCGCGCGACGCCGCCACCGGCGCCUCGCUCGCGCACGUCGUGAGCGGCGCCACCCAUCUCAUCCUCGACGUUUUUCACGACAGCCGAGACGACGCGAACGCGGUUUUCAUCGCCACUCGCGCCGACCUUCCCUCGCAGUCCAGCGUCGGCGAUCGUCGCAAGCGCGUCGACGCCGUCCGCGCCGUGGAAGCUUCCUUCGGCGCCGCCGCGUCGCCCGCCGCCGAUGCCGUCGCUCGAUGCGACGCCUACGUUCGCGUCGACGCUCUUCGCACGAAGGACAGUUUUUUUGAAGCGAAAUUCUGGCGAGGCGAAAUCGUGCGCACGCGCGGCGGCGCGGCGGCGUAG